CCAAGUGUGGCGGAUAAUAGCAAGAGCUCAUUCGAGUUCGAGCAUUGUCAGUGGAACAGUAGGAUGAAAAGAUGCUGCCUUCAAUCAUUGUCUGAGCAAACAUGGCAGUGGCUGGGGGCAAGAGUAAGUCACUUCAAGAAGAUUUUCCUCCUUCAUUUUCAGUUUUCCUACUACUGACAAAAUCCUCCCACCACAUCAACUGUCCUCUUCACAUCCUUCCCCGUGUCCAGUACCUGCCACUUCAGUUAUCUGCAUCUCCAGUCAUGGCUUUGACGGUCCAGCAUGACUCAAAUUUCCCUGAUCAAUCAUAUCGUCAGGGUCUCAAGGAAGCAUUCGUCAAAGACUGCAUCAUCGAAGCGGCCGUUGAACACCUCUUCAUCGAACUCUACAAGAAUGACCUCCUUGGCCUCUUCGUACGUGCGUUCAAGCCAGAAGUCGUCAAGACAAAGCAUAGUGCUGGUUUCAACCAGACUGUGCAUUUCAGCUGGGAUUACGGUCUAUGUCCUCCGCCAGAUGCUCCCCUCGACCCUCUGCAGCCGUUCCUCAAGGGCUUCGUGCAGAACCUUACAAGUUAUGAUCCUGAGACGGGCAUUGGUCGGGCUCCUGUCGAGCAGUCUCGAGAUGUACGGGAAGUUGUUGAAGAGUAUAUCGAAGCCAUACUGCAAUAUGCCCGUCUAAUGUUGGAUUCAAUCGGAGAAAAAUCCGAUUCGGACGAGGAGGAAGAUGACCAGGAGGAGGGAUCACAGGUCGAUGGCGACACCGGAAAAGCGACAGACACUAACUGCACCGUUCAAUCGGAUACAAUCGAAGACGCUUCGAUUGGUACAACGGAUGAGAGUGAUGAAGUUACCACCACGCCAGAAAGCCCUGGCACCUUCGGCGAUAUCAUCAAGUGGUCUUUCCACAGUCCAGACCGGCGCUUUGCGGAUUUUGGAACACAAAUCGUUGUGGAACGGUUGAAAGAGGUGAUAGGCGGGGCCGAGGCUAACGCAGCUUUCUGCUGUGGAGGCUGCAUACCCAUUGUCAUAGCAGACGGUACAGGCAACACUUCGGUCAACAAUAGCCCGCCUGUUAUUGUACGCUUCGACACGGCCACUGGGGGAACGCACAAAGUAACCUUCAGUGGCAAUGCAGGUCCGGCUCUGUUUGGUGUCAACUACCUCGUGCAGCAAUGCCAGCCAGCCACAUUCGGCGUUGGCAGCAGAGAAGUGCACAACCAAGAAUUCAGAAAUGCGGUGAAACUGGAUGCCACACAGUUCAGUACAAACCUUGACCCAUACAAUCUCGGCAUCCUGGACAGUGUGUCAAAGACGUUGUUGCCCCUAGACGGCACUGCUGAUGCUUGCGUUCGGCCAUCCAACAAGCUUCGAGCCGAGCUCCGCAACUUGAAUGUCUACACUGGGCCCAGCGGCAAGUUCAAGUCACACGUUGACACUCCAAAGACUCCAAACCAAGUGGGCACUCUUGUCAUCUGCCUCCCUUCCAAGCACGAAGGUGGAAAUCUGAUCGUUCGUCAUCAGGACAGGAAUGUCACCUUCACCUGGGAAGAUUCGAUGUCCAUUGAAUGGGCGGCAUUCUACAGUCAUCUGGAGCACGAGGUUGAAGAAGUCAAAAGCGGCCAUCGAGUCACGCUGACCUACAGUCUAUUCUGGCGUGAAUCUCUCCAGUCAACUGAAUCCUUGCCGUCACCAGCCACCGUCGCCUCGCUACCCCUUUACGGUGAACUCCGGAAAAUAAUGAGUCUCGGGAGUUUUCUGCCCAAGGGCGGCACACUCGGUCUCUACUGUACGCACUCUUAUAUUCACAACAGAAAGUCGAAGGAGGUUGACAUGCCCCGAUCUCUUAAGGGUGUGGAUAUGGCGUUCUUCAUGGCUUGUCAGGAGCUUGGACUGAACAUUUACACUCGCCCUGUCCGAGAUCCCAAGGAGAUGGAAUGGUACGAUGAAUACAUGUGCAACAGUGAUUCCGAGGUUGCUUCCGAUGAUGCGCUCACGGGUGACGAAGAAGGCUACUAUGACCAGCGUCGUCUCUUACACGACGAGAAUAGUCCUUCAGUGUCGGACGAGGUUGUCUUGAAGUACGACUAUGAUGGAGGCGACUGGAAGACUAAGAGCAAAGCCACAUGCUUCCACGACAGACUCAAACGCAUCAAGCGGGAAAGAACCCUUUUGCGUGUGAAUGGUAAUGCGAAAGACAAGAAGGUCGCUAUAGCCAGGUCAGCUACAUCCUUCAACCCGACCGAGUUCAACUAUGAUAUCAUGUAUGAUGGUGACGCGGAGCGCUUUGACAGCAUGUGGGAUCACGAGUAUGGCGUUGUCUGGCUGAACCGACCAAAGCACAAAGAGCCCCACAGAACCUAUCUGUCAUACGCCAGCAACGAGCCGAACGUGGAUUGCGAGUAUUCGUAUGCUGCUAUAUUUGUCGACAUUCCGGAAUGGACGAAGCGUGGCAAGUCAAAUUCUGGUGCAACCUGAGCAAUGUGACCGAUUGAUUGCAGGAGCAGUAUUUCGAUGUCAUUUUCAUCGGUUGCAACAUGGUUGCCAAAGGACGGACGUCGAUAGGUCGAGUCUGAUUCCAUUUGGGACAGAGUGCUUUGAUGAUGAAACUUAACGUGAUCGGGAUGGAGCAAAAAUUCAAGUCGUUCAAGGCGGUGAUGUGGCAUUUAUGAGAUUGUUGUAUGGGAAAGAAGCAGGGGCUCUUUGCGCUUUAGGCCAUCUGAGCACUACAAACCCCAUGUAUUGUUGAGAGCUGUGGUGGGUUGCCGAAUUGUUCUGAUAUGUCGAAUACUAUUCCACGAGUGGUCGGAGCGGACUCCUGGAUGCUGUGCUUAGCAAGAUGAUCAAAGGGUGUUUUUCUCGAAUUUGCUCGUGAUUGUUGUAUCUGUUGACCUAUGGUCGCCUUUCAAACAGCAAUCGCGGACCG